UUAGUAAUAAUGAAAUAACUUGAGUGAUUUACCUUAAAAAAAAAAUUGAAAUGUCGUAAUUUGAUCUAGUCAAACUGUAUGUGCUUAAUUUCCACUGAAGGUACCCGCAACCAUCCACAUUCAUUCUGUGUUUUCUUUUGCUGGUUCUUUGAUUUCUAAUCUAAAGUCUAACGGAGUCGAAGACAACAGUCCAUAUCCAAUUCCACGCCUUACUGAAUUUCUAUUUCAUAUCGGCUAACGGCUUCUUCACUUCAUUUUUGAUUUCUUCUUGCUUGCUUCUUUCCUUUUACUAUUUUCUUUUUUUACUCUGUCUGACAGUCAUCUGUAACCCCAAAGCAAAAAAAAAAAAAAUGGAAGCUAUUGGUACUGGUGCUGCUGCCAAUGUCUCUUCCGAGACUGCGAAAGGUAUCUUCCACCAAGUUAAACGUCAUAUUAGAUAUGUAAUCUUCUACCAGAAAAUUGUUGACAAGUUCGAGCAGAAACACAGGACGUUGAUUGCAAAAAGAACUAGUGUGCAGCAAGAUGUUGAUGUUGCAGAAAGGAACGGGGAGAAGAUUAAAGCCGAUGUCGUGGAUUGGCGCCACAGAGUGGAGAAGGUUGUCACUGAACAGGAGAAGAAAGUGAAGGAUCUUGAAGUCAAAGCAAAGACCAAGUGCUUCUUUGGCUUGUGUCCCAACAUCAAGUCUCGCUACCAGCUUAGCAGGAAAGCAGAAGAAGCUGCUGCCACUUUUGAUGAGCUUAUCAAAGAUUGCCAGUUUGAACGCGUGGGAUACCCUGAUGUUCCUGAACCCAUAGUCCGUACAGACUUUGAGGCCUUUAAAUCAAGAGAGGAGGUUUUCAAUGGUAUCAUGGAGUCACUGAAAGAUGCAACAACAAGCAUGAUUGGAGUGUACGGGAUGGCUGGUGUGGGCAAAACAUGGCUGGUCAAAGAAGUUGAGAGACAACUCCAUGAGGUUAAGUUAUUCGAUUCAGUAGUUAGGACAACUGUAUCUCGAAAUCCUGACAUUAAGGAAAUCCAAGACCAAAUGGCGUACUCAUUGGAUUUGAAGCUUGAUGAAAACAGUCCGGUUGUAAGAGCCCGUAGAUUGUAUGAAAGUUUAAGGAAGGAGAAAAAUGUUCUUAUUAUUUUGGAUGAUCUUUGGAAGAAACUGGAUCUAGCGGAAGUCGGAAUUCCAUUUGGAAGUCAACACAAAGGAUGCAAAAUACUGUUGACCUCAAGAUAUCAAAAUGUUCUAAUCAAUGGGAUGGAUGCUACAAAGACCUUUGCAAUUGGUGAUUUAGAUGACGAAGAAGCUUGGGAGUUCUUUAAGAAGAUGGCCGGGGACGGUGUUGAAAGUGAUGAGGAGCUGCGAUCUACAGCAAUUGAGGUAGCCAAGAAAUGUGCAAGAUUACCGCUUGCCCUUGCAACUGUUGCAAGGGCGUUGCGAAAGAAACCUUUAUUUGUUUGGAGGGAUGCUUUACAACAAUUACAGAGGCCUUACUUAGAAAAAAGCUCGGACGAUAUAUCUGCUGAGGUCCAUUCGGCUAUUGAGUUGAGUAUCAAUCAUUUAUCGAGUGAAGACCUCAAGCAGAUUUUCCUGCUUUGCAGUUUACUGCGUCGUGUCGUUGGGAUUGAAGACUUGUUGAGAUAUGCUUUUGGUUUGGGUCUAAUUAAGGGAGUCAACACCAUGAAAGCAGCACGAGAUAGACUGUUAAAAAUGCUUAGUACCCUUAAAGAAUCUUGUUUGUUGGUUGAUAGUAAAAGUAUCAAUGAGGUGUCCUUUGAUGUGCAUGAUCUUACUUAUAUUGUGGCCAAAUCAAUCGCUUCAAAGGACAAUCAAGUGCUUGCUUUAACAGAGGAGGAUGAGGAUAUUGUAACAGAUUGGCCAAAUGGAGAGUCAAUGGAAGAGUGCAACAAGAUUAUUUUGCAGCAUCCUAGUAUCAACAAGCUUCCUGACCAGUUGAAUUGUCCGCAGCUUUUUCUUUUCUUUUCUUUGUUAAGCAAGGAUCUCUCCUUGACGUUGCCCGAUAACUUCUUCACGGAAGCAAAAAAUCUUCAAGUCUUAGAUUUGACUUGCAUGCAUUUUUCUUCUUUACCUUCAUCAAUUGGUCUCCUAACUAGCCUCAGUACAUUGUGCCUAGAUCACUGCAAGUUGGGAGAUAACCUAACCAUUAUUGGAGCGCUCAAGAACUUAAAUGUGCUUAGCCUUUUUAAAUCUGAUAUCAAAAUUGUACCCAAGGAAAUUGGGCAAUUGUUGAAGCUAAAGUUGUUAGAUGUGAGUGAAGUUCAAAUUCCGGACGCCAAGGCUGCUCCAGAGGACUUCUUUCGAGAGUUGCAAAAGUUGGAAAGAUACAAGAUUUUCAUAGGAAAGGAAUGGGAGCGGUUUGGCAACUAUCAAUAUUCAAGAACCUUAAAACUCAGAUUAAAGACAAGCAUUGAUGAUUUGGAUCAUGGAAUUAAGAAGUUGGUAAAGAGAACUCAAGAUUUAGAAUUGGAAGAACUGAAAGGUGUGAAGAUUGCACUGAAUGAGUUAACAGAUGAGGAAAGGGUAUCACAAUUGCAGAGGCUGCAUAUCCGAAAUGGUUUGGAUAUUGAAUCUAUCAUUAAUGAUAAAACUGAAAUUCCUCAAUUGCAGUCCUUGACAUUGCAGGGCCUUCCUCAACUCGUUAGCUUUUGCUCUCAAGACAAAAUCGAUGCUACCUCAUUGUCUCAACGUGAAUUGCCACUUUUCGGAGAAAAGUGUUACAAGGGUAUGGCACAAUCAGUGUCAAAUGUAUCUUUCUGUACUCAUGAGAAGUUAACCACAUUGAAAAUUGAGGAUUGUGGAAACAUCAAAUACCUGUUACCAUUUUCUAUGGCUAAAUAUCUAGUUCAUCUCAAAUAUUUUGAGAUAACUAAGUGCAACUGCUUAGAGGAGAUUAUUUUUUGGGAGGAUAUAGAAGAAGAAACUCAGGCUACCAUGACUUUAUCAUUAUUUCCUCAGUUAAAGUCCUUAGAGCUAAAGGAUCUUCAGCAUUUGCGUGGAUUUGGCUUCAAUUCCCAAAAUAAAGUUAUUGAAUUUCCGCUAAUGAAGGCGAUGACGAUGUACAACUGUCCAAACUUGGAGAGCUUCAUAUGUAGAUAUUCAAGGGAAGGAAACCAACGAAUCUCUAGUCAAAGUGAUCUGUUUGACAAUAAGGUUGCAUUUCCCAGCUUGGAGGAAAUGAGUAUUUCCUACUUGAGAAAGAUAAAGAUGAUAUGGCAGAACCCACUCCCACCAAAUUCAUUUCCCAAACUACAACAAUUGACAGUUAAAGGAUGUGAUAAGUUGUUAACCAUUUUUCCAUCUAAUUUUUCAUUUACAAAAAUCCGUGCAAUAUCUGUUUCGGUCUGUCGAAGUUUGAAGAAUGUAUUUCCAGCCUCAAUAGCCAAAGAUCUACCACAGCUUGGUUAUCUUGAAAUACAUGAUUGUGGAGUGGAGGAGAUCGUUUCCAAAUUAGAGGAAGGAUCAGAUUCGGAAACGGCUGUCAAUUUCGAGUUUGAUAAACUAUACGCCCUUGUACUUUGGAAGCUGCAAAAAUUGAAAUGUUUCUACCCUGGUAAGCAUACCGCAAAGUGGCCAAUGUUAAAAGAGUUGGUAGUAGGUGGGUGUAGGAAAAUGAGAAUAUUUGGUACACAACUGAACACUAACAAUAGACAACUUGAGUCCCCAAUCCAUCCACCACUUUUCUUGGUUGAAAAGGUCAUCCCUAAACUACAACUUUUGAUAUUAGAUAGUGAUUAUAUUGCAAUGAUAAGUGAUAGUCAAUUUUCAAGCAGCCUUUUUCAUGGAAUGAAAUCUUUUCGUGUGGUUGGCCACGGUGCUGAAUCAAAUGAUUUUCGAAUUUCUUUCCUUGAGAGAUUCUACACUCUUGAAAACCUUACCAUCUCUUAUUAUGAAAUAAAAGAGCUAUUUUGUACCGAAGGAGAUACCGGUAAUGAGGAGAUGUAUGCUGGGACUUUGUCAACAAUUAGAAACUUAAAAUUGGAAGCUUUUAAUAAUCUAAAAGAUUAUUUAUGGAAGCAAGACGUACAGGUAGACCAUAUUCUACCCAAACUUGAGACUCUUCAAGUUCACUUUUGUUGCAAUUUGAUCUGCUUAGGAUCAUCCUCGGCAUCAUUUCAAAAUCUCACCACAUUGGAUGUGCAGUUUUGCGAAACAAUGGAAUACUUAGAUACAUGUUUAGCAAUCCAAGGUAUGGCCCAACUCAAGAAGUUGAUGGUAAGAGACUGCAUUUCAAUGACAGAAAUAGUUGCAACUGAGGGAGAUGAAGCAACUUGUGACAUUAUUUUCAGCAGGUUGAAAAGUUUGGAACUUGUGAAUCUACCACGACUUAAGAACUUUUGUUCAGGCAACCACACAUUUGGAUUCCCAUGUUUAGAGGAAUUAAUAGUGAGUGGUUGCCCUGAAUUGGAGAUAUUUUGUAAGGGAGUUUUAACUAAUCCACCAUUAUUGCAAGAAGUAGAAUGUGGAAAAGAUAAUGGACAUUGGUGUAGUGACCUUAACAACACUAUCCAAGAAAUGUAUUCAAUAAAGGCUGGGUUCCAAGCUAUCGAGUAUUUAGUCCUCUCUGAAUUUUCCAGUUCAAUUGAAAUAUGGAGGGAGAACAUUCAUGGAGGUUUAGAUUUGAAGAAACUUAAGGUUUUAGAAGUUUAUGAGUGUAAUAGCAUGACAUACAUUUUUAGCGUAUCCAUGGCUUUAGAUCUUGCGCAACUAGAAUACAUAAAAGUGAAAAAAUGCCCUAUGAUGGAGCAUAUUAUCAAAGAAGGAGCAGAGGAAACUGAAAUGGCUACACUCUUGUUACCCAUGCUUGAUAAGAUAAGACUUGAGUCAUGUUCGAGGUUGACAAGUUUUUGUAUGGGAAGUAUUUCCCUGCAGUGUCCAUCUUUGCAUAAAAUUGCGGUAGAUGAUUGCCCAAAGAUGUAUGCAAUGGCUUCGACAAGGGAGCAAGAGGAUAUAGAGGUAGUUGGCAGAGAAAAGACACCCUUUUUCAAUCACAAGGUUUUGUGUGCCAACUUGUGGCGCUUGGAACUAUCAUCAACUAACAUAAAAAAAUUAUGGCCUGAUAAACCAGACAGUGCUAUAUCCUUUAAUGUUCUCAACUUAGAAAUCUUAAGUGUGAACGGUUGCCAUAAUUUGGAAUAUAUAUUCCCAUCCUUUUUAGUCAGAACUUUUGAGGGGCUCCGUCAACUUAGCCUUCUUGAUUGCGAGAAGUUGGAAGAAAUAAUCUUUACAGAUGGAUUAGCAACCGUAGCAGAAGAAGGGAUACCUCAGACUUACUUGUUCAGUAAGCUACAAAAACUGGAGCUCAAUAGGCUUCCAAAACUAAGGACAUUCUGCCAUCAAGAAAACUCAGAGACCAAUACACUGUUCAGCCAAAAGGUUGCGUUUCCUAGCUUGGACGAUUUGAGAAUUGUAGGCGUCGGAAAGUGUAGAAAGAUAUGGCAAGAUAAACUCACUACGGAUUCAUUUCAUGAAUUAACCUUGCUUUUGGUGGAACACUGUGACAAACUUUCGAGAGUUUUACCAUUUGAUAUGGUGGAAAGACUUGAAAAACUAAAAAUUCUGGAAAUAUCGGAAUGUGAGUCGGUAGAAGAAAUAAUCGGACUCGCUGACGAUCAUGGACACAACUCAAAUGAAUCAAUUGAGCUCAAAUCAACCACCAAGUUUGUGUUUCCUAAAAUAAGACAGCUGAUACUUCGUAAGCUACCCAAAUUGAAGGGUUUCUACUCCAAGGUGCAUACUACAGAUUGGCCAUUAUUAAAACAAUUGGAGGUGCAUGAAUGCAGCAAGGUGGAGACAUUCGCUGGGGAGUAUAUCAACUUCAGAGAAACACAAGGAGAGAGCCAACCCGUUAUCUCUGUUCAUCAACCCCUAUUUUGGGUCACUAAGGAAACAUUCCCCAAUUUAGAAGAAUUACUUUUGAUUGGGAAUGGCAAUAUAAAGGUAUGGCAUGGACAAGGAGCAGAUCCGAAACAAUAUUGUCCCAAACUAAGAAAGUUUGAUUGUCCUGAAACAUGAGUUACUAUCUCAGAUUGUUUCAUUUAAUCAUUACCAAAUCUUGAAUACCUUUAUUUUGGAAAAGGACUACCUUCAAUGAAUUAUUGACAUGUGAAGGAGCAAGAGAUGAAAACGAGCAUGCAGGAACACUUGCUUGCUUGAAGGUUAAUUAUGAGAUUUGUGUCCAAAGAAGAAAAUUUUCACAAGGGGACAGUUAAGGACACCAAUGGUGCUUGGAGCACAAAAUACUAAAGGCGAAUAUGUAGGGCGUUGGGAAGGCAACCUUAAUGCCACCACUCGGCAGUUGUUUAUAGAAAAGAUGGGAGAUCCGCUGGUGAAUGAUAAUCAAUAGAAACAUUUUUCUAAGGUCAUUCAUCGUUUUACUACCCUUGUCUCUGAAGUGCUUUGUGAAUAAGGGACAUUCUCCACUUUGACAUCAGAAGCUGCUUGUUAACAAUUGUGAGGGUUGAGAAAAUGAUUUAAGAGGAAAAAAGGCCAAUCUUAUGACCACUAGUGGCACUGACAUUAUUUUCUUGGGAUAGAAAGAAACAGCUCAGAGAUUUGCUUUCCAAUUCUUUCCAUUGGAAGGUGGUAUCCCAUUUUUGUUUCUUGUAUCAUUGCUUUCUUUCGUUUUUUUUUUUUUGUUCAUUUUUCUUUGAUAUUUGAUUCCCUAUUCUUGUUGUACUACUUGGUUUUCUCUGGCAAACUAACCUUACUUAGAGGAACAUAGCAGCAUGGGUGUGGAAAACUGGAGAAAGAUAAGGCACAACCAAUCAACUAACUGUGCUAUUCAUAUUGAAGAGUUUCAGCUCGAGGAUAAAUGCUACGGAAAGGCCAAAAUUGAAGGAAAAGUGGAGAUAAUUUGCUUUAGAAAAGUAUGAGUUUCAAAGAAUCACAAACAUGAUUGUGUUUCAUAAGUUGCUUUAUAAAGAGUUAUGGAAGAUGCCCUUUCAUUGCAGGUUGUAUUGCUCUCUACUAGAGUAUGUUGUUGCCGUGUUUGUAGAUGGGAGAUUCAUUGGUGAAUGAUAAUCGAUAAAGACAUUUUUUCAAGGUCAUUCAUCGUUUUGCACCUCUAUAUGCACCUCCACAUAUUUGAACCCUUGUCUUUGAAGUGCACCAUGAAGAAGGGAUGUUCUCUACUUUGACAUUAGAAAUCGCUUUUUAACAGUUAUGAGCUGAGAUUCCAAAAGCCUUUUGAGUAAAAAUAAACUUAAUUCCUUCUAUUGAUGUUGUGAAUAUAAUUAGAUAAGUAGCGUUAGAGUUUAUAUUAAACUCUCCUUUCCCUGGUUAAACUCUUAUAACUAGUAAAUAUGUAGGAUAUUCUCAUGAGCAAAUUGAUAAGUUUUUCCCUCAA